CAGAUUUAAGGUUGAUCAAAUUAUAGAUUCUACUACCUCAACUUGCAAGUCUUUGAGUACUUAUACGCAAUGCAAUACGUCGACGAUUAGAAGUCUUGUGUCAAUUACACAAAAUGGACAAAGAUUUGGAAUUCAAAUGGUCAAAGUUAAAUUAAGAGAACAACACACGUAUCAACGUGCAAUUUGCUCCGGCCUUAACCAGGGAUUAUAUGGAAUAGAUGAUAUAUAG